AUGACAGCAAUGGCAUUUGAUCGUUACAUGGCUAUUUGUUAUCCAGGAAUUGUUCAAAUUCAUCGAAUGAAACAAACAUUUUUAAUCAUAUUUAGUCUGGUGAUUAUCGCACUUGCAUUAUUAUUACCUGUAGUCUAUUCUGCAAGAGUUGCGCGUAUCAGUUUUGGAGACAAAUAUGUUACUUCUGACGGCGUACGUGAUUUUUACAGAGAACAUCAAAUCACUAAAGAAGUUUGUGCUGAUGGCAUGAAACGCGAAUUACGUAUGUGGGUAUCACUUUACGUGUUCAUUUUUGGAUUUCUUUUACCAGGAACUUUGCUGAGCUUUUUCUACGCAAAUAUGCUUCUUAGGUUACGAAAACAGAGCAGAGCAUUUAUUCAAACUCGAAUUCCCUUUCGACGUGUUACCACGUAUACGCUUGUCGUAAGCGUAUUUUAUUUUAUUUGCCAGUUACCCUUUUGGCUUUCUCAACUUUACGGAAUAAUUUUGGCUGUUGUUGGAAUACGUCCACCACCGUCCAUUGUUUUAAUAACUUAUGUAUGUCAUAUGUUUCCAUUUAUCGCAGCAGCGUUCAACUGGAUAUUUUAUGCCCAGUUAAAUACUCAGUUUCGAAGUGGAUUGACAUUAGUGAGUGAGCGAAUGAUUCGACGGUCAGUGAGGUGA